GUCAGUACUCUCUCUACCAUUUUGUUUUUGGCGUUGAACUGUGUUAGUUGUUAGUGAACUGUCCAUAAAUAUAUAUUUAUAAACAUGGGAGAGGAUAAUAACAAGUCAAACAUAACUGAGCCGGAACAUGUGCGAAAACUAUUCAUCGGUGGUUUAGACUACCGAACAACAGACGAUUCUCUAAAAAAACAUUUUGAACAAUGGGGUGAAAUUGUGGACGUUGUUGUUAUGAAAGAUCCAAAAACCAAACGGUCACGUGGUUUUGGUUUCAUAACCUACUCCAGAAGUACCAUGGUUGAUGAUGCUCAAUCAAAUCGCCCACACCGAGUAGAUGGUCGAGUUGUAGAACCAAAACGUGCUGUGCCACGGCAAGAAAUUGGACGACCAGAUGCUGGUGCCACUGUUAAAAAAUUGUUCGUAGGAGGUUUGAAAGAAGAUAUCGAUGAAAAUGAUUUACGAGAAUACUUUAAAUCAUACGGCGAGAUCUUGGCCGUAAGUGUUGUUACCGACAAAGAAACUGGCAAAAAACGUGGAUUUGGAUUUGUUGAAUUCGAUGAUUAUGAUCCAGUUGAUAAAGUAUGUUUACAAAGAUCACAUAACAUUCGAGGAAAACAUGUCGAUGUCAAAAAAGCACUUAGUAAAGCAGAAAUAAGCCGCGGGGGCGGUGGUGGCGGCGGAUCAAAUGGAGGUGGCGGCGGUGGUCGUAUGGGUGGCCGAGGAGGUGGUGGCGGCCGUGGUAACCAAAACGGCGGAUCCUGGGGAGGUAAUCGAGGUGGUGGUGGUGAUUGGAAUGGUGGAAAUCAAGGAGGUUUUUAUGAUAGAUAUGGCAAUGGAGGCGGCGGUUGGGGUAAUGGCGCCAGUCCAUGGGACAACCAAUGUGCACCUGGUGGAUGGGGUAACGGCCCUAAUAAUUACAACAACGGUGGUAACUGGAGUAAUGACAGUUUCGGAGGUGGAUAUCAACAAGGAUUUGGUGGGGGUGCAAUGAGGAGUAAUUUUAAUCAGGGUGGUAAUAGAGCGGCGCCUUAUGGUAAGGGAAAAGGUGGUAAUACAGGCGGCGGUGGUGGAGGUUAUGGCGGUGGUAACCAAGGAGGCGGCAACUUUAACCAGGGUCAAGGUGGUGGACCAGGACGUCGGUUUUAAACUUCGUGAAAAUUUACUUUAAGUUUCCCUUUUCAUCACUAAUGUCAGGCAGAGAGAAAAAACACAUACAAACUGAGAGAUUGAGAAAGAAAUCGAAAACACAGGCAGGCUAGAUCUGUUUCAGGCUAGAACUAUGUAGUGUAUAUCACAAUUCAGGCAGGCGCAGUUCUUUCUCAAAAAAAAAAGUGUCCUCUUUUUAAAUCAAAAUAGUGUUUUGUGUUUUUUUAAGGUUAAGAUUUAAU